CUGCUGCACGAGGCUGCCAGAGGCUGUGCAGCAUCCCUCCCCUUUUAUAGGGGAUGGCUGCACCAUCUCAGCAGGAGCAGGCUGCUUUAUCAAUUGGAAUAGUUUUAGUGACUGUAGAAGAUGUAACACGAUGCAGUGCAGGACACGGAGAUGUGUGUAACCCUCCUCUCUGGCAGGCUGCAGUAGUGAUACAAUACCAUAAUUGUGAUUUGUUCAUUAAGCUCUGCCAUCUAGAGAUUUGUCUCAUCUUAAUGCAUACAUUGUUUUUUACUUGCCCUAAUUUGCCUUUUAUAAAUGGUGGCAGGAAUACCAGGAAAGUGUAACUGAUACGAUGCUGCAUGCAAGCUCACCCACGUGCUACUUGUGCUCUGCGCAAGUUGCUGCAGAGACAUAAAAUGCAGGAUGACUGGGCUGCUUAGUAAAUGCUUCCAGCUCACUAAUGCUGAAAUGCCAUAAAGCAUCCUGCAUUCCGGAACCAGCACAUGACUCUCAGCAUCGCCAUUCUACCCGAUUCUCCCCUUAUGGACGCAGUUACAAAAACGGCAGCUAAGCACAGACGCAUCCCUGGCAUGCCGUCAGGCAGCCUUGCUGGAGGAAAUUUUUUUUUCCCCCUGCAAGCUGCCAAGGUGGACUCCUUAGCUCCUGCGAUAGACUGAAUGAGACUGCAGUUCCCCCAUCAGUUUCAUAAUACUCAGAAAGCAUCCAUUUACAUCAUUGUGUGCAGUGCAGGGCAGCAGCUGCCAGGAAAUUUGAAACUGUUUUGAUUCCAGUUGACUAGAACAGCAGCAAUUGAAUUAGCUGGUAUCGCUAUAGAUAAACUGAUGAUCUUUGCAUUUUAUUUCUUUGACCAAUGGGUAACUGCUGGAGCUACAGUAACCUCUGUAGUGGCCGUGGAAGCAGCAGUUUGCCUCCUCAUACCAUCAUCAAUGAAUUUCCAGAGUAUGGCACUGCAGAGUCGAGCAGACGAGCGCCAUUGGCUCCAUCAAUGUGCCAGGCUGAGCCUGUGACACGCAGUCCAGAAAGACGAGACAGUCCCCACCGUGUCAGGCCUACUCCUCAGUGUGCAGCUCCUGCUGGUAAUUUGAGGCCUGAUGCAGUGGCAGUGCAGCUUCACACCCCAGAAGAAGGUUUGCAACCUACAGGUAAUCUGCCAGAGAUCAUGAAAAUCUCUCAGCAGCUAGAAGCAACAAAGGUGCAAGAAAGAGCAAAUACUUCUCUCGCUUCAGAGACACAAAUGGAAAAAAAGAGUGUUACUGGCAGCCAAAAUGUGCAGGCAGCCAGAGAGCCGGUUCCAGCAGGCCAAGAAAAACUCUCAGACAUGCUUCUUCCAUCUGAAGGAACAGCUGAGGAAAAAAAGUAUUUGAUCAUAGAGAAAGAUCUGGCUUCAGUAUGGGCUGGAGAAAAGCAGUCUGAAUCCUCACAAGCCAUAAGUAAUAAAGCAGAGGAGGUCCACGCAGCUCAAGAACCAAGCUGUCUCAAGCCAUCUGUGACAAACCUGGAAGCAGUCAGCAGAGUGGAGAGGGGGGCACGGUUUGAGGAGUUUUCAGAGUACAGUCAAGGCAAAAUGCAAACAGGUACCGAGAGAAGGCUUGCUAAAGAGGCAGCUGUGAGUAAACAUGUAGAAUUUCAAGGUGUGGAGAUCUUAUGGCUGCAAAAAACUGAGGAGCAGAGAAGAAAGAAGCACUCGCUGCUGGACUCUGUAUCUGUGGAGAGGAAGGCAUUCUCCAAAACAUCCAGCCACCCUGUGUCACCAAUGAUCUCCCCAGCCUUGCUUUCCUUGCCAGACAGUGCAUGGAGUGAGGUCUGUGAAGACACAAGGCUGGAACCUGCUGCUUCUGGAGCCACUCCUCUACCACUGCUCGAAGAAAGCAGGAAGGAUGAAGUUUCUGUGAAGGACAGGAAGAACUGUGAUGAGGAGGAGAUGGCUAAGCUUGCAAGAGGCCAGGGCAGGAUGGUGGAGGAGCGGGAAGCCACCACAGGAGGAUAUGAAGAUUUCCUUGGGCAGAGGCACUCUGACGUCUCCACUGAUCUGUACAGCUCACAGUUUGAAAACAUCCUAGACAAUGCAUCUUUGUACUACAGUGCAGAAUCUCUGGAGACAUUAUACUCAGAGCCUGAUAGCUACUUCAGCUUUGAGAUGCCACUCACUCCCAUGAUCCAGCAGCGCAUGAAGGAGGGUGGACAGUUUUUAGAUAGGACAUCAGCCGUGGGGCAGACAGAUGUCCCUGACAGGGAGGUGAAGGGAUGUGGUGAAGGCAUCGUCAAUGGCUUAAGGGAUGUAAGCGAAACACUCUUCAAAGGAGAUGUCACGGAAGUCCCUCAUCUGGAAAGCAAUGUUGACCUACAGAAUGUGGUGUUAGACUCCAGUGCAGCCAUGGGGAGCAGUGAACUUCAGGAGAAAGAUGCUGCUGGAGCCCUUGUUCACGACCUCAGCAAUGGCAGCAGCAGCAAUUUGGAAGCAGCCAGGCGCCUGGCUAAGCGCCUCUACCGUCUGGACAGAUUCAAACGCUCUGAUGUGGCAAAACAUUUGGGUAAAAACAAUGAAUUCAGCAAGCUUGUGGCCGAAGAAUAUCUUAAAUUUUUUGACUUCACAGGCAUGACACUGGACUGUUCACUCAGGAGUUUCUUUAAAGCCUUUUCACUUAUUGGAGAAACUCAGGAACGAGAGAGAGUUUUAAUCCACUUCUCCAGCAGAUACUACCAGUGCAACCCAAAUGCCAUUUCUUCUCAAGAUGGAGUUCACUGUCUCACAUGUGCCAUGAUGCUGCUGAACACAGACCUCCAUGGCCAUAACAUUGGGAAAAAGAUGACCUGCCAAGAGUUCAUUGCUAACCUCCAGGGGAUGAACGAUGGCAAAGACUUCCCGAAAGGGCUCUUGAAGGCCCUCUACAAUUCAAUCAAGAAUGAAAAGUUGGAAUGGGCAGUGGAUGAAGAAGAGAAAAAAAAAUCUCACUCCGAUGGUACAGAUGAAAAGGAUAAUGGGAACCAGACAAAGGCUGUCAGUCGAAUUGGCAAUGCAAAUAACCCAUUCUUGGACAUCCCUCAUGACCCCAAUGCUGCCGUGUAUAAAACUGGAUUUCUGGCUCGGAAAAUCCAUGCAGAUAUGGAUGGAAAGAAAACUCCCCGGGGAAAACGAGGCUGGAAAACCUUUUAUGCUGUGCUGAAGGGAACGGUCCUGUACUUGCAGAAGGAUGAAUAUAAGCCAGAAAAGGCUUUGUCGGAGGAAGAUCUGAAGAAUGCGGUUAGUGUGCACCAUGCACUGGCAUCCAAGGCAACAGACUAUGAGAAGAAACCCAAUGUCCUCAAGCUUAAAACAGCAGAUUGGAGAGUCCUGCUUUUCCAAGCCCAGAGCCAAGAAGAAAUGCAGACCUGGAUCAACAAGAUUAACUGUGUGGCUGCUGUCUUCUCUGCACCACCAUUUCCAGCGGCGAUUGGUUCUCAGAAGAAGUUCAGUCGCCCACUCCUGCCAGCCACCACAACAAAGCUAUCUCAGGAUGAACAGCUGAAGUCCCAUGAAGCUAAGCUGAAGCAGAUCUCCACUGAGCUUGCUGAACAUCGCUCCUAUCCUCCUGACAAGAAGCUCAAAGGCAAGGAAGUAGAUGAUUACAAACUGAAGGACCACUAUCUGGAGUUUGAGAAAAAUCGCUAUGAGAUUUACGUUGGCCUACUGAAAGAAGGGGUGAAGGAGCUGCUGAGCGGAGGAGAGAAUGAUGCACCAGGACUGAAGAAAUCCCACUCAAGUCCUUCUUUGAAUCAGGAGUCUCCAGUUAGUGCCAAGGUGAAACGCAAUGUCUCAGAGAGGAAGGACUACAGGCCAGAAACACCCAGCAUUAAGCAGAAGGUCACUUAGGGUGGAAAUGACAACUAGGGGAACAGCCAUGCAGCGAAGUAUUGGUGGUCAAAAUUUUUUCAUUUAAUAGCCUGUCAUUCACAAAAAAUAAGUGCAUCUGCCUGAAUGGGGUGUUAGUGACAUUUUCUAUUGUAUAUUUUGCUGUUUCUGUGCAGAUUGUGGGAGAUGUCUUUGCUCCUGCUUUGCUUUGCUUUGUUAAUUUAUCAUUUAGCAAUUGAAGCAUCGGGACUUUUUUGUGUUAUUCUGUUUCUAAAGGAGCUGGGGAAGGGGUAGAACGCUGUGACGUUUAUUCUGUCUCCUCCCCAUUUAUCUCCUCCCAUCGGCAUGUGGCUUUCAUCUCUUAAGUCACUUGUCACUUUAUUUACGUGGUGGGUGGGAAAAAUAACUGGACAAGUGCUGCAGUGCUGUGAAUUUGAGCUGUAGCUGUGAGAAAAGCUGUGCAAACAUGCAGCUGCAGAAGGCUGACUAUAGGCUAGGGUGCUGGGAGCACUAGUUUCCUGACAAUGUGGGGCAUGUUGGUACUGGUACUGUGCAGCAGGUGGUACAGUAAAUAGUCACUGUUGCUUAUUGUUACUGCAUUGACCCUGGACACUUCGCGAGUGUGAAGGAAUGAAACCUGGAAACCUCUGGCAAUGCUGAGAUGACGGCAUUGGAAUAAUUUGUUUGCUUCCUUCCAAGCAGGGAGCCUUCUCCUGAGUUUGUAGGCUGGAAGGCAUCCAAACCCAUGCUGUCUCUGCAGUCAGGAAGAUUAGGGAUUACCCAGUUGGAAUGGCUAUCUGGGCUUCACAUUUAUUUGCAGAGAAGGCUGCUGUAGAUGUCAGCCAUUAGCAUUAUAUAUUAAUUAUAUAUAUUAAAGACAAAGGGCCUCUGUGUAGUUUUUAACUAUACGCUCUCACUUAGCUGCUAUAUAGAGCCUUAUGAUAUAUUGUGUCCUGUCGCUUCCCCUUCCAGGGGUUUCCUUGUUGGUGUGCAAAGAGAGCUGCUUUCAAUUCCUCUCAUAGUGACAAAGCACUUUGCCUUUUUUCUUCAGAAUGGGAUUCUCCUCAGUUCUCCAUUUUCCUUCUUUAGCUCACAUAUAGGUGGAAGACGCUGGUGCCUCCUCACAGUUCCUCCAUACCCUGUGCUAGGCUUUCCAAGGAGAGCACAGAUCUAGGAGAGACCACCAUGGGUAGGUCUUUCCAUACGUGAAAGGCCCCUGUUUGUGCCAUAGACCCUUGGGGUGGCCAGCAGUUUUUCAGGCACAGAGAGCAGAAAGAUGACAUAGAAAUAAUUUUCCUACUUCCCAGCCCCUCUUGUCUGGGCAGUGUCAUGGCUCUGCAGAGGGUGCUGGCUCUCCUGUUACCUAACUUGUUACCCGAGUUAUAAUCUCAGUUUUUAUACUGGCCCACAGGGUGAGCUGGGACAGAUCUCUCCCAUUUUGUGUCACCCUUUCCCUAUAUGAAGUAGUACUACCAAACUGGCCUUUCCCACAGAGCACCUUGGGAGAUAAUAUUGAGGGCCAGUUGAAAAUUGCUCCUUGCUGUUCAUUCUGUUGUGGCUGGCACAGGACAGCCUUCUUGUUGAAUGCAAUUCUUGAUGCAUAAUAGAAACAUCAAGAUCAAUGCAAGGACUGUUUAGAAAUACACUGUUGUUUUCAGCCCAAGCAGUCAAAGGGCCACACAUCAAAAUAAUUGCUACCUGAGUGGAUGUGUGUUCUGUCAGGCUUCCAAAGGGUCCAAGUCAAUUCAUCAAUUGAGCUGCCAGUCCAAUGGGCAGAACUAAGAGAAAAGGCCCUUAACAGCCGCUGCAUGACUUGCCUUCCCUACUGAGUACCACCAUGCAACAGGUUUUGUGGUGUUGUGCUGUCUAUUGCCUGUAACAGUGAUGUUGCACUCUCAGAUGUGAGGUUUUGGGGCAAAUUGAUCCUUGCAGCUGCAGCCUGGCAGUGAAGCCAGAUGAGACUGUUCUCAUGAGUGAUGUUGAGAUGUGCAUCCAUCUGGCAUCUGCCACAGUUGGGGAAUGCUGAAUACACCUCUGGGAAGAAAACUUGACCUCCCUUUCAUGACUAAGGAGUGGUAUUUAGUGUUCCCACUGAGACUCUCCAAACUACAUGGCCCUUGCUUGCUCCCUCCUUCUCCUCCCCAUCCUUGCAGUGGGCUGGAGAGGAGAAUUGGAGGCAUAAAGGGCAAAGACCACAGGUUGAGAUAACAAAAUUUACUGGAAAUGGCAAUGAGGUAAGAAAAUUAAUGGUAAACAACAGUAUUAAUAACACAGUGCUCAAGAAUACUCACCACGCAGAACCCAACAAUACCCAACCAUUUGCUUCCCAAUACUCCGACCCAGGAGGGACAUCUUCUCCCGUUCCUGGAAAAUGACAUGAAGUGGUAUAGAAUAACCUUCAAGUCCAAGCCAUGCUCCUGCUGGGCUACUGCAUAAAUUAACCCUGUCCUGGCCAGAACCAGUACAUCAUUCUGUGAAUUAUUUGAUAUAAUAGGAUACAUGCAGCAGAAACAAAACCCAAAAAAAAGGUGCAGAUCUAUAAAUGGCCCUGCUUGGCUGUCAGGGUUGGGUUGAGUAGAUGAUCUUUUUGAAGGCGGGCUAGAACAUGCUUGGCAAACCUCUUGUAUUUAUGGAGUGCAGUGCUUCAAAAAGCAAAGAGGUGACAUUUAACUUUCUUCUUCCCUGGCUUUAAGCGUAUUUUGGUUGCUGAAAAUUCCAGUUAAAUUGCUGAGCUCAAAAAGAAAUUACUCCUGUUAAAUGCAUGUUCCAGCUUUGACACAGAAACUGGAUAAUUCUUCUUCAAAGUCAUUGCAGAAAAGAUGAUUUGAAGCAAUAGGAAAAAUCAAAAAGUGAACUGCAAAAAGGAUGUUUUUUUCAUUAUUUAUUACCUAUUUCCAUGUAUACUUGUAAACAGAUAGGGUAUUUUUUUUAGGUCUCAUCUGAAUGUAUCAAAUACAGUUUUUCAUUUUUGCAUUUUUUAGUCAUUAAACAUUUGUUGAGCUUAGAGCAGUCUUGCUGAGACUGUUGAGGCGUGCAGAUCAGUUUACCCAGAAUUUAUGGUUUCUGCUCCAGUUUUAAUUAAUGCCAUUUUCCUUUGUUGCUUUAUAAUGUGUAAGCAGCCCAGGCACCUGCAUAGAAAUGCACGCUUUGGAGAACAAGAAAAAAAUGUGAUCCUGUUGCAAAAGUCUUAAGACUCCUGCCCUCCCUUGGGAAUAGGUUCAUCUACCAAUCAGUACUGUAAUUAGUUUUUUUCCCUCCUGAUGAUACUAUAUAGGAUAGGGCAGGUUCUCAGGUGGUUUAAUAGGUGGUUCUCCUUGAAUAGCACCAUUAAGGAUCUGACCAGGGAGUUUUGCAUGGUACCCUGCACCCUGCCCUUCUUUGCGGAAAUGUUUGCCUCUAGAGAAGAUCAGUGCUUGACUGCAGCGAUUCAGGAGCUCUGGUUGCAGUAUGUAAGGAUAUUCUGCUGGUUUCCAGCCUGCCUCUGGGACUUGAGCUACAAAUCACUGGAGCAGCCUGCAGUUUCCUGCGUGUACUCAGUGUAAGGAGCUACUGGCUGGCUGCCAUGAGCAUGUGUGCAUGUGGGAGAGCCUUUGCAUUGGUGACGCAGGGAGGUGCCAUCCUUCCUUGUCACCAUUCCUGCUCCAGUGUGCUAUCAUUGCUCAGGCGAGGCAUCUGCCUGCAUUUAGAGAGUGGGGAUGCAAAGAGAGGGAGCAGUCUAAGGCUAACACCUCCUUACUUCCCCUUGAGGUGCAGACACUGGUUCUGGGGGGACCCACCCGGCUCUGAAGCGUUGCUGGCUCCAGGGGCUGAAACGUCUGCUAUCCCCAGCUAAGGGAGGAGAGACAGGAAAGGGCCCCACGAGUCUGCACCUGACAGCAGAGGGCUGAUGGAGAAGGGGAAAACUGCCUUCCCCUCUCCCCACCCAGCAAACAAAAAGAGGGUGAAAUACUCUCCUGAAGCCAAAACCAUACUCUCCUCUGUUCAGCAGGAUGCAGGGGACUGUUUGAGAUGGAUUUUGUUCAUCAGCGGCUGCAAAAGAGGCUCCCUGGACUAGUUGUGUGUUUGUCUGCAUCUUGCAGAUAAAUUACGCCCGAACCAGUGAACAUGACUACAGCUUCUAAAUCCAGUAUUUAUGUUGUGUCUUCAGUUGAUGUAGAGAGAUAAGUCAGCCAGCAGAGUGAUUAAUGCAGCAGAGUUGUGCGGGAAUGCUGUUCAGCUGUGUUGCCAACUCAGUUUUUCAUCUGUAGCCAGUCACUUGUAAAUGGUUACCAGAAACUUUCUAGUGAUUAGUAGCAGCUCCUCAUUAAAAUACUUCCCCUCUGAUCCUGCCUGCUCCCAGGUUGCAGUCUGUCUGUGUUAAGGGGCUUUCAUGGAGAGCUGUGCUCUGCACAGCCCUGCUUUGAGGAGGAGUUUGGCCCAACAGACCUCCAGGGACUGUUCAGUGACUUUUCACAGCUCCAAUGCCUUCAGAUAACAAGGCUAGUUGCUUUUCUGGCUUGAAAAAGUCAAAACUUUUGCCUUUCUCCAAUUGGGAAAUGAGGUUCUUGCUUGACUGGAGUAGGCCAUUCAGUGAAAAUGUGGUUAUGGCAGUGGAAGAAGUCAGAGAUGACAGGGUUAUCAUCAGGCUUCUUGGAGGCAUUGUAUGGCAAUGUUCUCCUUGAAAGUGGGAAAGGCUUUUCUCUGCAGAUGGCUUACUGCUUACUGUGUCUGCAUUCUCCAUUUUUAAAUUAAUUUUGGUCUUAUUACAGUUAGUCUGACAGCUCCUCCUCCUUUUCUGACAAGCUGCUCUCGUCUGUCAUCUUAGCACCUCAGCUGCUCCUGUAUAACAGGUCUGUUUCCUUCCAUGCUUGCAGAAAUCCAGAAAAUUUGACUCUCCCAUUUUGCAUUGAGAAAACCUGCUCUGAAGCAGUGCUGCAUUGAAUGGAUAACCCUGUGAACAGCUUUUUCACUCUGCUGGUUAGUAGCCUGUGUUUCCAGCCACAGUUAUAGCUGGGAGGUGCGAGACCGAGUUUUAGACUGCCGUGAUCCUCUAGUGGUACACUGCAGGGAUGCAAAGUCACCCUUCCCACGCUUAGACCAGACACUUGCAACAUUCUUACUCUUCUAGUAUCCAGGUUGUUGGAAACACUGACUGCUUCUGCAGGGUCAAAGGCGGUGUACUCAUAUUAUGCCAAGAAAUCUUGCAGCUUGCUGCUUCUUUAAAUUUUCUCCAGUAUUGCUCUCCCCAGGCUCUGGGACAUCACAUCUGCUCUGAGGGGGCAGUUAAGAAGUCCACAUUUCUUGUCAGAGCACAAUCAUUGCUCCCCAGCAUGUGUUCUCAGCAUCUGGUAUCUAGGCUUCCUAGAGGAAUGAACCAUAGAAGCUGUCUCAGAAAAAGCUAGUCUGCAGCUUGUGCUUUUUAAAGGAUAUUUUUAGUGCAUAUAGAAGCAGUACAUCUGGCCUGAACCAUAGAAGCUGUCUCAGAAAAAGCUAGUCUGCAGCUUGUGCUUUUUAAAGGAUAUUUUUAGUGCAUAUAGAAGCAGUACAUCUGGCCUCUCCUGUCCUCUCUCCCAGAGCUCUCCCAGCAGCAUAGGUGUAGCAUAGUGGGUUGCUUCACUUGGAGCUUCACUGUGAGACCUGAGCUCCAGGAAGAUGACGCUUUGUCAGCCUUCAGGGAAAUGCUACCACCUGAGCUGAGCAUCAGUGCACAGGACAGUAAUGCUGUAUGAAGAAGCCAGUGCCACCCCCCAUUGCUGGUCACCUGCUGGAGACUGUGAGCUCUAACAUUGCCCUCAGUGUUGGAGGUAAUGAGAAAUGCUGGCUUCCUUUUUCUUCUAGUCUGUGCUGCUUGAGCAACUGUCUUUACCACCCGCUGUUUUUCUCCCUUGUGACAGCAGCACCCCUCUCCAGGGAUGCCACAGUCCCUUUGUGAGAAGACUGGUUAACAUGAGAGCAAGGAGGAGAGGUCAUUGGAAAAAGUCUGAAUGCCAUCUGGGAGUAUCUGCUCUACUGAUGGCAGCAUAGAGUUGAACGUUGAAAGGCCCAGCCUUGCCUGAGAGAAUGUCCCUUGCUCAAAUAUUUUGUUGGAUGAAUUAAGGUUGUGUUUUAGUUAUUUAUUAGAAUCCACCCCUUACCAAAUGCAAGCAAGAACUUUCACAAAGGUUGGACCAUUGACCUGACUUUGCCCUUGUGGUCAGAAGGAGCAAAUUUAGACUAGUCCAAUGUGUUCUCUCUUGCCUGCCUUUGAGCACUUAAUUAUUCUAUAAAAAUUCUAGAUGUUUAAUCAAUGAGGGACCUCCAAUGGCAUCUGCUUUUAAAGCGAGCCAGGAACCAGCUGGAGUGCAGGCCAGAGGUUUAUUUGGACCAACAAAGGUACAUCACUUAGCGAUGCAAGCAUUGAAAGUGCAAUAAGCCACAAGGGCAGGAUUUUUCUCUGACAGAAACCACUGUAAUUAGUAGCCACUCUGGCAGUGAUCCUGUCUGUAACUCACAUAAAUGAGACUAGCACAAGAAGACAAUUUUUGUCUACACAGGCAAAGUUUCAGCUUGGGCCAAUUGAUAUCAUGGUGUAAUGACAGAGCAGCUAGCUAAGCUGCCAUGAAGACCUGUUUAACGCAAAAUCCUCCAACUCCCCUUAGCCUCUUGGUGGAAGAGGGAGAUAAAUGUUAUUGAGUCUGUGUCACCACACAGCGCAAACUCUACUGAUAAUAUAAGUCUUAACUCACACACGAAAUUCUCAUACUCAGAGCUGUCAGAUUCUGAAAGACUGUAGGAUGAGAACAGGGGUGGGUUGUGGUUGGGGUUUUUUUUAAAUUUGUACAUAUUCAUGACAACUGUGCCCUCUUACUUGAGCCUAGAAUUAUAAUUUGGCUAAAAGGACAGAGUUUUUUUGGCUAUUGAAAAACUUUUAAAUCACUCCUCUGUGUGAGGUACACUCUGAGACUUACAUUACUCGGUGAACAUGUUUAAUUGAUGCCUAUAAAUGUGUGUAUUUCCUAAGUAUAGUCUGGUUUCUAUGGCUUAGCACUGCAGAACCUGCUGUUCUUUUCUGAGGCUUGUUUGGUCAAAGCAUUUAGCAGCUGCAAACAUUGUUAGGAUGCUUGUUGUUCUAAUUGUUCUCAAGUGAGGAUAAACAGCUAUCAGAGCUUUUGCAGAUUUAAGGUAUACUUUGAGCUGCUUUGAUCUUCAUGUGUUGUCCACCAGGGGCUGCCUGUUGUUUUGCAUGUUGAAAGCAAGGCAUAUAUUUGGGAGUCUAAGCAAGAGCUAGUGGGUGGAAUUUUCUGCUAGCUAACACUGGGCUGACUUUCUCCCUGUUUAUAUCAACUGAUGCCUGUACAAGGAGCAUCCAUGCUGACUUCUUCUGAAAAUCAUGCUCUGGGGAUCUAAUACACAGCUUUACUUCUGAAAACGUUGACCUUGUUCUGUGAAAAUUCAGCAAAGGGACAUCAUGUCCAAAGUGUCCAAGAAGGACAGGUGCCUGUGAUGUCUCCUGCAGAUACAGCAGUACAGCAGUAGUGAGGGGUUUUUUUCUACAACUGUUCAAAUUUCCAGAAGAGUGGCACAUCAGUAGGGAAGAGAAGAGCAACAGGGCUGAAUUAUCUAUCUUGGGCAUCUCUUAUGCCUCCCAGAGGUUUCUUUCAAGAGCAUUGAACAACCUUUUAACAAUUUGCUAGUCUGAGGCAAAAGACAUAGGGAAACCCAGUGAGUUUUCCUAUUGUGUUCUAGUAAGGGCAACAGUACCACGAUCUGCAUUAUUCUUGCAAAGAGAGAGCAAAAGCUGAGGGUGUGAUUCUUACAUGGAGUCAUAAAACUCUUUAGCAUGCAGUUAGAUUGAAGCACUUGAGCAACUUCCAAUAGUGAAACUAUACCUUUGCACUUCACUAGACCACAGCCAGAGUUAUUACACCUUGCAGAGACGUGAGUGAACUGCAGCUCAGAAUGAAAUUAAGAAGACCACCUGUCACCUUGCUUUGGGCAAGCUGCAGUCCUGUAAUCUUUUUUCGGAUACUGGGCUUCUCUCUUGGGUUUCCUGCCCUCCAUGGUGGUGGGAGGAUGUAGGUGAGCACUGUCAGUUUCAGAGUCACAGUUAAGAAGUGUCAUUUACCCUCCACCUGAGCUGUUGCUAUGUUGUUUUCCCUUAGGCUGAGAAAGAGGACUGAUUUUUCAGUCAAUGUUGCUUGGUAGCCAAUGGGAAGCAUAACUCUGAGCAGCGGUGAUGCAGAAAAACAGUUUGCACAUGCGUGUACAUACACCUUAUACAUCUCUUGUGUGCAGAACUAACCUUACAGGACUUGACAACAGUCCUUGCAAGACCUUUCCUCUAGGUGGUCUCCAUUCGUUUCUGUGAUGUAUAGGAACCUUCUUUCUGGUAACCUUGAAUUCAGUUUACUCUCAUCACUGAAUUGCUGGAGUGUUUUUCAUGUAAUACACUAGAGACAGUCCCAGUCUCACUGCUUUGUGGUAACUUCUUGGUCUGCUGUGAAGCAACAUUAUUGAGGUAGCCAUUAAAUCUUUUCCAGCAGCAUGGAACUUGCUGUUCUGACUCUUGGGGAGGUCAUAAUCUCAGGUUUGACACUAUCCUACCUACCAGGAUACCCUAUUUUGUCCCUGGGAAUAGACAUGGCCAGAAAAGCAUACUUGGUGGUUAGAGUCAGAGCUGUGCAGACUUAAGUCAAGCCCUGGUUCAGGGAAGAUUUUUCCAUGUGCUGCUGAUGUCCAUAAGGACUCAAACAUAUACUUGCUUACACAGAGAUGCUUUCCUGAAGCAGAGUUGUCACUCUUUUCUACAGGUAUCACAGGAUGCCCUCCCUUAUUCUGCUUCAUGUAUCUGGUACUAGAAUGAUAAUUUCCUGAUAAAUGAAGGCACUUAAUCAGUCCUCUUCCCCUUGGAAGAAGGACUUUUGGGGAUAUUAUUAUAUCAUUUAAAAUAAUAUUUUGGAAUUUAAGUUUACAUUGCUUUAUUUUUCACUUGAGGUGACUGUAUAUAAAUAUUUUCCUCUAUUUUAUCAUUGCUGAUAAAGUAAGCCUACAGUAUACAGACAAAUAAUUUGCCUUUGAUGUAUUGAAACUGUGAGAUAAAAAGUAGACUUCUCUCUUGUGUCCAUGUUCCUGACUAUAACUCUGUUCGUCUGUGUUUUUAUAAGUUGGAAUAAAUGUUGCUUACGGGCAACAAAGAGCCUGCAAGCUUCCCAAUAAUUUUUGUCACUGAACUCAAGCAACCCUAUUGAAGGAUCUCACAUAUGUAUAAUGAUAUAUGUAUAUGUACAAACUUUAGAAAGAAAUAAACCAAAUGUAUUUCA